AUGGGUCUAGACGAUACGCCUGAACCUUCAGAGUCCACGGUUGAACCUCCGCCCAAUGCUCUGAGAUGGACUGACGAGCAUGACCCAGAGAACCCAACUUUCAUUGUCGGAUGGAACGCAACCACAGUCUCGGGGGCGGCUAUAGAGAUAGGCGAAUAUUUUGGUGUUAGUGAUCAGAGUUUCCCAAAUUCGUUCUGGCCCGUCACCGCAUGGACAACUGGUGCUGCUGUAGCGCCCAUGAUCGUGCUGCCGAUAAUGGAGGAUUUUGGCGUCCGUCCAGGAUAUAUGAUUUCAUAUUUGAUAUUUUCGAUUUUCGUCAUUCCGCAAGCUGUGGCUAAGUCUUUCGCGACAAUGAUCGCCACUCGCUUCUUUGCUGGCUGUUGCGCAGGAAUUCUACAGGACGGUACUGAUGGCAUUGUCGCUGACUUAUUCCCCAAUCCUGUGAGGCGGAGUCUACCAAUCAGUUGCUACGUGUUUGCCCUGCUUGCCGGAGUUACAAUUGGUCCAGUCAUCGGUGGUGCUGUCAACGAACACUUAUAUUGGAGAUGGAUCUUUUACAGCCAACUGUGCAUCUACUUUGGCUCCUUUCCAUUUAUAUUCCUCGCCAUGAAAGAAACGAGGGGUCCUGUCAUCCUGCGGCAACGAACCAAAAUUGCAUCUCACCAACAAGCCAAUGCCUCCGAACCAGAGAAACAACAAUAUCAUACAAAUAUUGUCCAAUUCUUGAAAGACAACAUUGUGCGACCUGCUUAUCUUCUUGUCACGGAGCCGGUCGUCUUCUUUUUUACCCUCUUGACGGCACUAUCCUACGGCAUUGUGUUUGUCUCAUCGCAGAGUGUCACCCAAGUCUUCAUGACGCUGUACGGAUGGCCAGAGCAUCAAACCGCCUACGUGCAAGCAGCAAUUGUGGUCGGCGAGUUUCUUGGCCUCCUCAUAUGUUUGUACCAGAACUACCUGUUCGAGAAGGCAUUUCGACCUGAAAGCCGCACACCUAGGUCUCGACUUCCAGAAGUUCGCCUGUACAUGAGCAUUCCCGGUUCUUUCAUCGGACUGGCCGGCGGACUUUUUUGGUACGGCUGGACAAGCUAUAGCUCAUUGCAUUGGAUCUUGCCGGUUAUCGGACUGGCUCUUACUGGCAUUGGCAGCAUGGUCGUCAUGCAGGCUGUCAUGAUGUAUCUCACCGAUGCUUACGCGAAGUAUGCUGCAAGCGCAAGCGCUGCUGCUUGUGCGGGAGAAAACAUCUUUGCCGCUUUCUUGCCUUUGGCUGCUCAGUCAAUGUAUACCAACCUGGGUUUUCAGUGGGCCAGCAGCGUUUUGGCAUUUAUUGCAUUUACUUUGAGCUUUGCUCCUAUAGUACUCAUUUUCUAUGGGGAGACAAUCAGGAAAUGGAGUCCAUUCAUGUCUCAAGCAACAUAUGACUGA